AAAAUGAAACUGCCAUUAGAAACUCGUAAACUCUAAUAGCACUAGGUAUCUAUAUUGAAUUCUGCUUUAAUCUUAGUUCAAGAGAAAAAGAUUUACAAGACAUUGUGGCGCUACUGUGCUUCUAAAAAGCCUCUUAAUAGCCAUGUUUUCAUGCCAAAAUUCUAAAAAUAAGAAGAACCUAUUAAUAGAAACUUAUAAAAAAAUAAAAACUAAGAUAAUAAAACUUGACUAUCACUUAAAACAUAUUUUUUCUGUCAAAGAGCACCCUUUUGAUUUACAGUUUAUUCUUACGUACUAUGUAUCUACUAAGUAAACUUAUUAUGGACAACUUUAAAUGACUUUAAAUCUAAAAACAUGAAGUAUGAAAAUCAGAAAAAAAUAUUGGGUAACAUUGGUCACUGCGCUGUACAGGUAAAUACGUAGUUUUCUGUGACUACUUAUUAACUUUUUAUCUUUUAACCGUCUCAAAGACCAGUUUCCUAGCAUAGUUCUUAUUAUUAUGGGACUGUAAAGGCGAUAUUUCAAAAGUUAUAAGUGACCUGUGACUAAUGUUAGCAGAAAGUCGAGGUAACUUUUGUUAGCUAUAUACGUAUUAGGUAAAUUUUUUUUUUGGCCAUGAAAAAUCAUAAAUUUUGCAGUGUUUGAGCAGAUGAGGUUGCACUUGGUUUCCAAAUCUAAAAAAAAACUACUCCUUGUCUUAUAUUUUUUCGAAGUUUUAGCCAAUUAUAUGCAAAAAGCGGCCAAAGAUGGCGCCUUUUACGGUGUUAUUAUUCUUGGUUUAUGGUAAAACGGUUUAAAUAACGGUUUAUAAACAGGACUAGGAACUCUACCCUAAGCGUUCUGGUACGCCAUCGAUGCUGUACGCACUUGCUAAGUGCAAUUUCGUUAUGAAAUACUUUGGUUAUCCUACAUCUCACUCACACUGCUGCAUUUACUAUGUAGAUACGCUUUAUAUACCUACGUGUUAAAUGAUAUUACAUUGCUGUGUGUCAACUGUCAACUCACAAAGUAGAACCACGGGGCAUGGUUGGAGCGGCAGCGGGCGCGGGGCGCGGGGCGGCACGGAAGGGGAAACACGUGGAGGCCCACCGCGGUUUCGGCGCGCGUGUGAACUCUCGGGCCGAGUGCGCGUGCGUGGCCACCUUGCCUCCUCACUCCUCCCGCGCUCUUCUAUUUUGUCUGUCUAGGACAAUAUAAUACGAAAAAAGCUUGGCACCCAAGUACGUUGAAAAAUCAAGAAAGAGUAUGGAAAGCGGAACAAGCUGCGGCAGAGGAGCAGAAGCGCAUUCAAGAGUUGCAGAGGGAGCGGGCGCAGGAGAGAGAUCGCGAGGAGUUGAACAAGUUGGCCAGGCAACACUCGGAUGCGAAAGCAGGGGCAAGCGAUAAUCGUUUGUCAUGGAUGUACGAUCAAAAACCAGACAAAAAAGUCCAACAAGAAGAUUAUCUGCUAGGUAAAGCUAUAGACAAAAAUUAUGACAAUGCAGGAAGAUCCGAACAAAACGAAAUCCCAGCAGUAUCACGUAGAGUGGUUGGUUCUAGUAUGAUCACUUCAGGAGGGGAUACACAGGUGGAUCUUGUUCGGAAGCUUAGAGAAGAUCCCUUAUUAUUGGUUAAAGAAAGAGAGAGGGCUGCGCGUGCUGCUUUACUGAACAAUCCUGUGCAGAGAAAGAAACUUACUGAAUUAUUAAGAAAGGAGCAGGAGCAGAAAAAUCAAGCAAAAUCAGAGAAGCAAUCAAAGAAGAAAAAGAAAGAUCUUGACGAUUUGUUGGCAGCAAAGCUGAAUGCUUUAGGCGGUGAGAAAGGUAUGAACAUUGCAAAAUUACUUGAAUCUUCAGAUGAUUCAUCAGACAGUUCUUCAGAAGAAGAGAAAUCCAAGAAGAAAAAGAAAAAGAAAAAAAAGAAAAGCAAAUCAAAAAAACACAAAUAUGAUAGUGAUUCUGAAUCACCAGUUAAAAGUAAAAAGCUAAAAGAAUCCAAGUUGCAAAGUAAGAGACAGGAUGAUGAUAGUGACUCUGAACCACCUAGAAAGAAAGCAUCAAAGCAUGAAAACAGCAAAAAAUCUAUGUCGAAAAAAUCCAAUAAGAAUGAUCAGUAUGCCAGUGAUGAUAAUAGGUCUUCUGUUAAAAAGAACAAAAGAGAUUACUCUAAUCAUAGUUUAGAAAGAGGGCAAAAAAAACGUUACAGUGAAUCAAGUCCUGUUCGAAAAGAGAGACAACAGAGAAGACAUAGUGAGUCAAGUCCUGAUCAAAACGAUAGGAUGCAACAUAAAUAUAAAGAUGAUACAAGUCCUAAUCGAAAAGAAAGAAAACAACAAAAACGUUACAAUCAAUCAAGUCCCGAGCGAAAAGAAAGAAUGCAGCAGAAACAUUACGAUGAAUCAAGCCCUGAUCCAAAUGAAAGAACUCAACAGAGACGUUAUAGUGAUUCAAGCCCCGAUCGAAAUAAAAGGACGCGACAGAAACGUAAUAGCGAUUUAAGCCCCGAUCGAAAACAAAGAACGCGACAAAAACGUUACAGUGAUUCAAGUCCUGGUCGAAAAACUGCAAGAGACACAAACUCGGAAGUUAGAAACAGGGAUAGGGAAGGCUACAGACAAGAAAAUAAAAGACCAGGCCAUAAUGAAGAAGAAAAUUCUAUUAGAAGAGAAAAAGGUUUCGAAAGUAAAAAGAGAGACAAAGAUGAAUAUAGACAAGAAAAUAGAAAACCAGGACUUAGUGAGGAGGAGAGAAACGCAAGGUUGGCAGAAAUGGCUGCCGCGGGAGCCGAACGUGAGAUCCAGCGGGGAAGACGCGUUGCCGCUCAGUUGGCGGAAAAGGAGGCUGCAGACAAAUAUUUGCCCCGUCAUUCAUCCCGAAACGAAGCUCGCGCGUUACCCGACUCGCUUGAGAGCAGAAUCCACUCCAAUAGGCACUAUAUCCAGCGAGACCAGCGGCAUAUGAAUGAACAUUUUGCUAGACGAUAAGAUUUCUAUGUAAAUAAAAUCAAUGUAAUAAACUAAGUAAAGGAUGUGAAAUAAAAAUCUUGAAUUUU